UCGUAAGCACAUCGCGUAGUAUAUAUAAUACCGGACUCAUUUGGUAUAUCUGUGUUACAACUGACGCUGGCAAUGAUGACAUUAAAACCUAUCGCCUAUUUUAUAUUUCUUUUCUCUGUUUGCACCUGGGAUAAUGCAGAUGCAAUAAGUGCACGGAAUUAUACAGCCAAGUUGACAGUAUCGAAUGGCGGAAGUUACGGAAAGUGGGCUAACGCCGAAUUUUGUGCUGAAGGGACGUAUGCUUAUGGAUAUGACAUGAAAAUCGAAGUAAAGCAUGGCUCAGGCGGCGAUGACACAUCUUUGAAUGCCAUAAAAAUUCUAUGUAAAUCGCUAAACGGUGAUUGUGUAGGAGCUGUCUCCUCAGAAAGGUCGGCUUGGGGGAAAUGGGUUGGAGAAACAAAAUGUGAUGGUUCUGAUGUAUUAGUUGCUUUCAGCUUGCAAGUAGAAGAAAACCAAGGAAAUUCAGACGAUUCAGCAGCAAACUUUAUCAAAUUCAAAUGUCGUAGUUUCGGCGCAUCAAUCGAUCAGACUUACGAACUUGCGAAAGAGCCAGGAUAUGGGCACUAUGGUACAUAUGGCGACUUCAGUGGAGACUGUAGUUCUAAUUCAGCCAUUUGUGGUAUUAUCACAAAAUUAGAAGAACCCAUAAAUGGAGACGACAGUGCCCUUAAUGAUGUAGAGUUCUAUUGCUGCACGUGAAAUGUUACAUUAUAAUCGACAAAAAAUAAAUGUAUAUCUUCACCUUUAA